AUGGAUGUCGAACUCAAUGAAAGGAUGGAAAGGAUGGAAAGAACCCAAAGAGAAUUGCAGGAGCAACUGGCCAAGUCGCAGCAAGAGGCAAGAGAUUUGAUGGUGAGAUCUCGAGAGGAAUCGCUCGAGCAAAGAGAUCAAAUGACCAAAAUGAUGGAAAUGAUGACGGCCUUGGUCAAAGGAAAGGGACCUAUGCAGAGCCCCGAUAUCGUAGAACCGCCUCAGUCAAGAGCUAAUCAAGAUCCACUUUAUCCCCCGAGAUUUACUCCACCUCAUGUCCAUACAAUGCAAAGAGGAUACCCCCAAAGAGAACCUACAAGUCAGGAACAACAUCCUACUCCAUCUGCUCAUUUAGGACAGGGAAUGUUUGUAUCGAACCCUGGGGCUAAUCCUUCAGAUCCAAUUGUUCCAGACCUAGAUGAUCCUGUAGAAGUAGCAAGGCUGAGAAUUGAUGACAAUAACGCUCAGGAUAAGUACAGGAUCCUGGAAGAGAGGAUCAAGGCAGUAGAAGGCGCUGAAGUUUUCUCUGCUUUGAGUGCCAAAGAGCUCAGUUUGGUACCUGAUUUGGUCUUACCCCUAAAAUUUAAGGCACCUGAUUUCGAGAAGUAUGACGGAACAAGAUGUCCAAAGGCGCAUCUGAUCAUGUUUUGCCGAAAGAUGACUGAUAGUUUAGUUGGCUCAGCCCUUCGAUGGUAUAAUCAACUCAGUAGAGAGAGAAUCCGAUCAUGGAAGGAUUUGGCUUCAGCAUUCUGUGAGCAAUAUAGGCAUGUAUCGGAUAUGGUGCCUGAUCGACUAACCUUACAAAUGAUGGAAAAGAAGCCGACAGAGACUUUUCGGCAGUAUACACAAAGAUGGAGGGAUAUCUCGGCUCAGGUGGAGCCUCCAUUAACUAAGACAGAGAUAACGGUCCUCUUCAUUAAUACUCUCAAAGCACCGUUUUACGAUAAAUUGGUAGGAAGUGCCACAAAGGACUUCGAGGAUAUUGUAAUAUCCGGGGAUCUUAUUGAAAACGCCGUCAAAAGUGGGAGAAUGGAAGGCCCCGAGAGUUCGAAGAGGGUAGUACCCGCAAAGAAAAAGGAGGCAGAGGCUCAUAUGGUUGGAACCGAGAGUCACUGUGCCCCCAAUUCGUACCCCGCCCAAUCACGACCUCAUUAUCGCCCACCUUCAAACUUCUACUUUCCUCCUCAAGGUCCUUACCAUCAAGCACCUCCGUCUUACCCCGUUUAUGCUAUGAAUAACCAAAGACCAUUCACCUUGUUCCCACCAAACACCAUGCCUACACAAAGUCAACCUAAAAAUGAUCAAAGACCAGCAAGACCCAUUCCUGAAAAACCUCAAUUCACCCCAAUUCCUGUGCCAUACGGAGAAUUAUACCCGAAACUGUUGGAGAAGCAAUUGAUAUCCCCACAUUACAUGGCACCCCUGAAGCCCCCUUACCCGAGGUGGUAUGAUCCUAAUGCUAGUUGUGUGUAUCACGCUGGGAAUCAGGGACACUCUACAGAAAACUGUGUGGCCUUUAAAAAGAGGGUUCAAGGUCUCAUCGAUGCUGGCAUUUUACGAUUUGAUGGUGUUAGCAAUGUGAUGGGAAAUCCUCUUCCUAACCAUACUGGCGGGAAUGUAAAUGCGGUGACAGAUGAAGACAGUUGGCAAGCCAAAUGUGAUGUUAAUGAAGUAAGAACACCUUUGAAGAAGGUAUGGGAGAUGAUGAUUGAAAAUGGCAUGCUAUGUCCGUCUAGUAAGAUCCUUAAAGAAGAAAGUACAAAAGACCAGAGUUUCUGUGAUUUUCAUGGCAUUGAAGGGCAUGACAUCCAAUCUUGCAGGGAAUUUAGAAAAUUACUUCAGGACAUGAUAGAUAACAAGGAGGUCAAAGUCUUUGAUAGUGUGGAAGGGGCCGAUGAGGGAGAAAUAUGUGCCUCUGGUGAUCAAUUGAUGGCUUUCCCUUAUAGUGUCGAUAGACCCUUGGUGAUUUAUUACGAGGUAAAGAAGGAAGAAGUUAGUCGAGAAGUUAAACCAAGUUUGAUAAUUGAAGUACCUACUCCUUUCCCUUAUAAGGACAACAAGGCAGUGCCUUGGAAUUAUGAUGUCAAUAUUAUUGUACCUGAGGGUGAAAAGUCCAAGGUUGUGAGUGAAGGUGUUAGCGGAGUAGGGCAUUUUACUCGUAGCGGAAGAUGUUAUUCUCCCGAGACGGUUGAGCCAAAGAAGAAGGUUGCUGGUCCGAGCCAAAAAGGAAAAGCACUAAUGUAUGAGGUUGAGGAUGAUGUUGAAACACAACUUGAGCGGGGAAGUUAA